UAGUUGAUUUAAAGGUAAAACUUCAUGAUAAUUUAUAUUAUACAUAGUUUGUGGUACUGAUUGACAGUGCCCGACGCAAGGUCAAAACGAGUAUUUACAAUAGUUUCCCUCAAAAUACCAUAAUUGUAAGCGUUUGCUGGCACGUUCCUUUUUAAUUUUCCAUCUGGCAACACUGACCGGAAGCAAAGGGUCACGUGAGGUCGUUAACGUCCGCUUUUGCUCAGGACUACACAUGUGCAUGUUAAUAGUUUAAACUAAGCUAUAGUUUCUUUAAUUUUGUUCUUUCAUUUGGUAAUGGUUUAUUUAACUUCUUCUCAGCGGUUGCUGGCAUAGAUGUUCUUCUUCGUUUUUUAAGUUUAGCAGGUCGAAUGUAAACAAAAGCUAGCAUUAGCUCCAAUUAGCCAGCUAAUAUCCUAAUAGCAAGGCUUAUUUCUUUUUCCUACGCUGCUGACAUGAAAGGGAAAUGGAAGGUGGGCGGGAAAAAGAAGAAGGGCAACGAAGUGUUGCAGAAGUACAUGGUGGCGGUGGAUGAAUUUGUUAAAAGCAAGAAUGGUGCGGAGGAGGCAGGGGAUAACACCGGCUUGAGGUUCGUUCAACGGAAAAGCAGGAAGGAGCUUCGCAAAGAGAAGCGCAAACUGAAGAAAGCCAGAAUGAAAAGUCAUUAUGAAGGUAAAAAGGCUGUCAGUUUGCCCAGUGGCGAUGGUGAUCUUUCUGGAACAGCUGCUCAUAAACAGCCACAUCCAAAGAAGGAGAUCAUUAAAAAAGACACUGGAAGUAAUGCCAGGAAAGCAGAAAAGCCUAAAGUGUCGUCGUCCAAGAAACCCAACAAGCUUCAAGAGUCCAGAAAGAAGGCCCUUUUGGAGGCAAACGAACAAGAGGACAGAGAAAUAAAGAAGCUAGAACGCUACCUCAAGUUAAACAAGAGAAAAAACAAGAAAAGCUUGCCUCAGUCAUUUGUGGCGGACGGCCUGGACUACAUCCUGGGUGCUCUGGACUCUGACACCUUGGUGGCUGGGAUGUACGACAGCGAUGACAACAUGGAUCUGGCCAAGCACAACUUUGAACAACUGGACAAGAACACCUCACAGCCCUCGGAGGAGGAGGAGGAUGAGGAUGAGGCAAGUGAAAUGGAUUCUUCUGGUGAUGAAGAUAGUGUGCCAUUGGAGGAGGAUGAAGUGACCAGUGAAGAGGAGGCAAUGGAUGAAGAACUCCAAGAUGAGAGUGAUGCCAAAGACAUAAAUGAGGAACCCGCAGAGUCCAGCUCAAAUACUGGAGCCGCUGAUGCCAGCAAGUACGUGCCGCCUCAUAUGCGAAACACUGCAGGUGACGAACAUAAAGCUGAGCUGGAAAAACUCAGGAAGAACGUCAAAGGCCUUGUGAACAGGCUGAGUGAGCACAACAUGUCAUCCAUCAGCAGCCAGCUGGAGGCGCUCUACAUGAGCUGCAGCAGAAAGGACAUGAAUGACACCCUCACUGAGGUGCUGCUGGCGGCCUGUGUCACCCCAGCACUGAUGCCUGACAGGCUGCUGAUGGAGCACGUCCUCCUCGUCAGCGUCCUCCAUCACGCUGUGGGCUUGGAGGUAGGAGCCCAUUUUCUGGAGACAGUGGUGCACAUGUUCGACGACUUGUACAACCGGCCAAGUGAGGGCAAAGAGUGCGACAACCUGGUAGCCAUUGUGGCCCACCUCUACAACUUCCAGGUGGUGCACUCCCUCCUCGUCUUCGACAUCCUCAGACGCUUCAUGGCGGCCUUCACAGAGAAGGACAUCGAGCUGCUGCUGUUUGUGCUGAAGAACGUCGGCUUCUCCCUGAGGAAGGAUGAUGCCCUGGCCCUCAAGGAGCUCAUCUCCGAGGCCCAACGCAAGGCGGCUGACAUGGGCAAGAAGUUCCAGGAUCAGACCAGAGUGCGUUUCAUGUUGGAAACCAUGCUGGCUUUGAAGAACAAUGACAUGCGCAAGAUCCCAGGUUACGAUCCUGAGCCUGUGGAGAAACUGAAGAAGCUGCAGCGGACUCUGAUCCAACGUAACUCCGCAGGCAGUGACAUGAAGCUGAGAGUGUCUCUGGACAAUCUGCUGUCGGCCAAUCAGGUGGGCCGCUGGUGGAUCGUGGGCUCCUCGUGGAGUGGAGCGCCCAUGAUCAGCCAACAAGGGAACACGACGUCCAACAAAAGUGUCACCGAAGGACAAUACAGUGCCAAAGUUCUGGAGCUGGCCCGAAAACAGAGGAUGAAUACUGAGGUCAGAAGAAACAUCUUCUGCGUCCUCAUGACCAGCGAAGAUUACCUGGAUGCUUUCGAGAAGCUGCUCAAGAUGGGGCUGAAGGACAAGCAGGAGAGAGAAAUCGUCCAUGUUCUGAUGGACUGCUGUCUGCAGGAGAAGACCUUCAAUGCCUUUUAUGCUGUGCUGGCAGAGAAGUUCUGUACUCACGACCGCCGCUUUCAGAUGACCUUCCAGUUCAGCCUGUGGGACAAAUUCAGGGAGCUUUCCGACCUUCCCGGCAGGACUUUGAGCAACCUGAUCCAGCUGGUGACCCGCCUCCUCCAGAAAAAGUGCCUCUCGCUGUCCUUACUUAAAGUCAUCGAGUUCGCAGAACUGGACAAGCCCAAAGUGCGCUUCCUGCGUCAGGUCCUGACUCGACUACUCAAAGACACCGAGCCUGAGGAGCUCGUCAGCAUAUUUGCAAGGAUUUCUGGAAUUCCCAAGCUGGGCAUGCUGCGCGAGGGCUUGAAGCUUUUCAUCAGCCACUUCCUGCUGAAGAACAGCCCGUCGCAGGAUUCACAGGAGCAGGCGUCCGUGCUUUCUGCGCGCGCUCACAUCGCCACCAAAGCCAUGGAGGCCAAAGAGGCGAAAGUCAGACUAUAACACAACCACAACCACAACCACCACCACGGAAGACCUCCUCCUGUCAUGUCCACUUUUCUGGUGUUCAUUGAGUGUUUUUGUAAAUAUAUGUAUUAUUUUUUUCGCUUCAACAGACCUCCAACUGUGUAAUAUUUAUUUUAGCAUCAAGUGUUUUAGAUAAAGAUUAUGCUGAUGCCUUAUGUUGAGUUACUUUCAUACAAGUAAUAAUACAAAUUGGUGACUGCUUAAGAUGGAUACAUAUUUUCAUUUAAUAUUGUCAGUUAACAUCACAUUAUUUACACACGUGGAUGCUUUCUCUAAUCAACUGGAGUAUAACUGGAAUAACAGCAAUCAUCAAACUAGUAAUAAUGAUCAACCUCUUAACUUCUUGGAAGGUGACCUUACUUCUAUUCGAAUGUAAUUCUGUGAAAUUGCAACAAGCACAAAUGACACUCAAGUGUUGAAAAGCAGCCUGUUUAAAAGGUAACAUUGUACACCAAGGAUCACAUACAGAAAAAUCCUGCUUUAAUAUUCAAGCCGCUUUAAUAAUCAACAAUUAUGGCCCUUGGCCCGCACUUUGGACACCCCUGGUCUAUACAGUCAAAGCACGCAUCACGGGGCUCAGUGCGUGCGCGCUUGUGUUCCCUUUACCUGCUCUACAGGGGCCUAGUCGGGUCUGACCCUGGUCUGAACCUUUCAUGUAGUCUGCUCAAUCAAACACUGUCAUGAUAAGCAGGGGUCCUUCAUAAUCCUUACAAUGUCUUUGAAGUACAAGUCGGCUGCAAUCGGAACAUAAAUUGGAAAUGAAAUAUGAAGACAUGAGCCGUUCCAAAUGUGUAAAUGUACCCCUUUAUAAAUAAAUGAAAUACGCUGUAAUAACGAUAUCUGUCAUUACUGUAUAUGUACUUUUGGAACAAACGUAGGAAAAAAAGGCAUGAGCGUUGGCGUUACGAACGUUUUUACACUGAAUUUUAUUAUGUGAAAAUUUGCAGUGUGGCUUAGAUCCAAGUUCCACUUUCGUGACUCCGCAAAUGGAAAACUGUUUUGAUUCGACUGUGAUAUUCAAAUAUACAUUUUCAAACUGUCUUUAGGGUUCUUUGAUAUUGACAACUGGUGGAUCCUCACCAAGGAGGUAUAUUCCAAAAAAUAUCAAAUAAAUGUGGAAACAAACCACAGUAAUACAACUGGCUGUGUUUUUAGGAAUAUAAAUGUACAUUAGCCUGAAAAUGCAUUUUUUCCCCAUCACCUCCAAAAGUUCAAAGAAACCGUCCCUGAUUGAAAUAUGAGCAA